GAACGUGAAGUCGAUCUCGCUCUCAGGCUCACCAUUCUGACAUCGAAUUCCUCUGAAUCCACAAUGGCCGAAUCCCGCAUAUCGCCGUACAAUUUGGCUGAUCUGAAGAACACGACCGACGAUGCUCUGGGAAACUAUUUGCGAUCACUGGGCUUCGUCCAGGAUAACUCGAAGCUGGACGUUCGACUUGCAUUGGGCUAUGUCUCGGUAGUGAUUGCUGGUGCAACAUUUGUGGCAGACUACAAACUCGGGUGGGAAGCCACCAAGAUCUGGACUGCCGUGGCAGUCGCAGCAUACGCCCUGCUCAGUGCAGCCAUGACCUAUUGGAUGUGGGCUGUGGAGAAAGGGCUAGUGUUCGAGGGCACGCGCUCAGGGAAGAAGAUCUCCAUCUUCUCCCGCACGAAAAAGCACGACCCGACCUACUAUCUUGAGAUCCACGCCUCGUCGCUAUCGAAUGCCAAUGACACUUCUACACGGGAGAUCAAAGUCCCUUUCACGACGUGGUUCACACAAGAUGGCUACUUUGUCGCCAAGCCAUUUCAGCAAUGGCUCGCGAGCAGCGUGGAAGCUGUUGGUGAUGCUGAUCUGAAGAACGCGAAGCGCGACGAGAGAGACGAGUUGGCAUCUCCUACAGCACAGUAUGAGCUGUUGCAGGCGGCGACGAAAGCACAAACGACAACCGGAGCGGAAGCCGCGGAGAAGGGAACACAGAGGAAGAGUAAGCGAAAAGCUUGAGCAGUCGGCCGAAAAGCUAUGGAUAAUGUAUGCGAUGUACAAUGAUACCACUCAAAAAGGCCCUUGGCCUCGCAUGUUUCAUUAAUGGAACGUUUGUUCUCGUUCACCUGCACUCGGUCGAAUGCUUACCAAGUCGUCGUCAGAAGGCAUGUGUUCGGCACCAUGAACUCUCUGCAGCAUAGCCGUGUUUCUCAUCUAAGCUAGAAAGCGCAGAAGGUCCCCUUCCUU